GCAGCCAGACAGAUGGCCUCCUCCUCUUCCUCCUCCUCGUGCCCGCUCGCCCCCAGGCCAAGCGGCGGCUCCCAGCGCACGACGACGCGCGCCAGCGGUGGCGGGCUCGGUCUCGGAGGCGAAGCAAUGGCGCGGUGUGCUGCGGCGGUGAAGCGGGAGCCGGAGCCGGAGCCGUGGGCGGGGGAAGCGGAGGCGGCGGGGUCGGUGGCGGUGCUGCCGCGGCCGGUGGAGGAGCCGCCGAUGCCGGCGCCGUUCGUGGCGAAGACGUACGAGAUGGUGGCGGACGAGGCCACGGACGCGGUGGUGUCGUGGGCGCCCGGCGGCGCGGGGAACAGCUUCGUGGUGUGGGACCCGCAGGCGCUCGCCGUCGGCCUCCUCCCCCGCUUCUUCAAGCACACCAACUUCGCCUCCUUCAUCAGGCAGCUCAACAUCUACGGAUUCCGGAAGGUGAAUCCAGAUCGUUGGGAGUUUGCACACGAAUCCUUCUUAGCAGGCCAAAAGCAUUUGCUGAGAAAGAUCAAGAGGCGGCGCGCUCCCAAGCCUCAGAUGGAAGCGCAUCCAAGAAACGGAGCAAGCAUUUGUUUCAAGCAACCCAAGGAUUCCGGUGAGGUAGAGAGUUUGAAGAGAGACCGUGCAGCUCUCAGGGCAGAAGUCCUCACGCUGAAGCAGCAGUACAGCAGCUGCAAAUCUCAGCUCGUUGCCUUGGAGGAGAGGAUCCUGAACAACGAGAGGAAUCAGCAGAAGGCCAUCGCGUUCUUCGCAAAGGUGCUCAGCAACCCAACUUUCGUGCAGCAGGUCCUGCUCAACUAUGCCGCGAACAAAGAGCUGUAUAGCACUGCGAAAAGGAAGCGGCUGAUGGAAAAUGAAGAGCAGCGUGUCGGUACACUGAAGAAUGGUUUAGAACCUACAUUGGCGACGGAGGCAAGUGCUUCUGCUGCUAGCAGUGAUGGUAGCGCGGUCGCAAAACACGAGCCCAUGCCCGAGUGGAAUUAUCAGGAGAUGGACAACAUUUGGGAGGAUGUAUGGGACGAGCUGGACGCGAUACCUGGCGCUGAAAUGGACCAAGAAGACAAGGCCGCAGCUGGGUUCGAAGUCGAGGAGUUCACUGGACGGCCUUGUGGUUGGGUUGAUGACUGCCCAUAUCUGGUGGAGCAAAUGCAAUUUGUGGAGCACUAGAGGAUGCAAAAAUAGCUUGAUCUUGAGAGGGAUAGUGGAUUGUUCAUAUUAGGACUCUGCCACCUGAAAUUUCGUGUGUACAUCAGCCAACGAGCCCAAUUCAAGUGGCAUGUCUACUGUUGAGUGUUGACUCGCUCACUUUACUGUCCAUAGCGUCAGCUCUGAGAACAUCUAGCUCGAAUAUAGUGCCAGCUCUCUGGCUCUGCAAGGCAGUAGUUUGUAAAAAGUUUGGUGACAGUUUCUUUUUUUCUUUUCAGAACUUGUUUGUUGAAUGAA